AUGGCCGGCGGCAAGCGCCGCCACGCACGCAACCCCACCGCCGGCGGGCCCCACCGCAGCGCCGGCGCAGGCCGUCGUCGCCCGGUCCCCGAGCUCCCGUCUUUCGUCUCCCCCGCCUUUGUCGCCGCCGCCUUCUCCUCCCCCGCCUCGGGCGGCCGCGGCCGAGGGCGGGGCGCCCGGCGCGGCGGCGCCUGCUCCGAUGGCGAGUCCUCCCACGCCGUACCCUUUAGCUAUCCCUCCCUCCGCCCCUGCUCCGCUUAUUCGGAGCGUGGUCAGGCGCAGGCACUGGAGGUGACCAUCGACACCGCCCCGUGCGCGGACCCAGCCGCUUCCGUCUCGAUGUACUCGUACGGCCCCGACGUGCUCGGUGAGAUCGGGCUUGGGCUGAGCGCGGACGAGGAGGAGGCCGGUGAUAGAGAGCUGCAUCUCGGGCUAGGAUUCCGGGAUGGACGACACGAGGAGAUGGAGCUCAAAUUAAAGGGACUGGCUGAGGAAGAUGUCUCCCUCAACACGCCCAAGCAGAAGCAGGAGCAGAAGGUGAAGCCCAAUCCGGGAUUUUUGUUGAUUGGCGGAGUCAGGAUCUACACGGAGGACAUCUCAUCGCCAGAAUCGGAUCGGAUGAGCAGCUCUGAUGAGGAUUUAGAAUCCAAAUCAGGUGACGGUGAGAGAUUUGAGAAUGAUGAUGGCGACAGUGACGAGGAAGGUAGUGAAGGCGAGGAGAGAGAUUCGGUGUCUGCCGGCGAGUCACCAGGAUCGGAAUCAGAUGAAGAUUUGAUCUUCGGUGAUUCUUCUUCAGUUGACAAUGAGGUUGUUGCUGAUUACAUGGAGGGGAUCGGUGGGAGUGACGAGCUGUUGAGCACUAAGUGGAUCACUGGUAUGAAUUUGGGUGAUGCAGAUACUGUAGAGCAGAUAUAUACAGAUGACGAUGAUGAUAAUGAUCGGUUUGUGAAGAAAGGGAAGGAAAAGCUUGAGGGUUAUGCACUAAUGACUGCAUCCGAACAGUAUGGCAUGAAGAGGCCGAAUUCAGUUGAGAAGCGGAAGGGAAAAGGAAUGGUUUGUAACAGCGAUUUGCCAAGCAUGCAAGUGAUGGGCCUGGAGGAGAACAAUGUCUGGAUGCCAAACAGGUCAAGGAAGGGGUCGAAGACAGGAUCAUCAUCCUCUCCGCUCUCACGGUCCUGGCCUAACGAGGGUAGGAAGAGCAAAAAGUAUCAGAGCAGGCCAGGUGAAAAGAAGCAGCAUAGGAAGGAACUCAUUGCAAAGAAGCGUCAACAACGAAUGCUAAGCAGAGGAGUUGACUUAGGGCAAAUUAAUACUAAAUUGAAGAAAAUGGUUGUGGAUCAGGUUGAUAUGUUAUGUUUUCAUCCAAUGCACUCUCGAGACUGUUCUCAGGUACAACGCCUUGCAUCUAUUUAUCAAUUGAAGAGCGGGUGUCAAGGUUCUGGCAAGAAAAGAUUUGUCACUGUGACAUUAACUGGGCAGUCUUCCUUGCCAUCUGCAGAUGGCCAAGUUCGACUUGAAAAGCUUUUGGGGACUGAACCUGAGGACUUCUCUGUCAACUGGGAGAACUCUAAAGGCCCAGCAGGACGGAAGGGCCUUUCAGCUCCAGGAAAGUUUGUAAAACAUCGAGAAUCCAAUGGAAAUAAAUCUUCCAAGAAACAGGUCUCCUUUGCAGAGCGUCCUGUAUCUUUUGUCAAGUCUGGCACCAUGGCGGAUUCCCUUACGGAGGCAAUAGCUGUUGACUCAAUUGGUGGUGAUAACUUAUGUGUUAAAGCUGCUGAAAGUGAGGUCACUGGCCAAAAUAGGCACGCCCAGCUAGGCUCCUUUGAGGUGCACACCAAGGGCUUUGGUUCGAAGAUGAUGGCCAAAAUGGGAUUCAUCGAGGGCACUGGCCUUGGCAAAGAUGGCCAAGGUAUAGUGCAGCCGAUACAAGCCAUCAAUCGUCCCAAAUCUCUUGGACUCGGCGUACAAUUCGACAGUGAGGCUGAGGCAAUUAAAGCAAGGACAGAACCCAUCAAAUUAAUAUCAGAGCCAGGCAAGGUGAGGUCAGAGCUGAGGCGGAAUGUGUGGGCACCAGAGAUGAGUGGCGUUGGCUCUUCGAGAGACACACCAAGGGUUUUGGAUCCAAAAUGA